GCCUUAACGGGGCGAUGUUGAUAAAGCCAAGUGGCGGGUGGCCAGAAGCCAGCUCUGAAGUUUGAUCCGCCAGGAAGCGUUGGGAAAUGUACUUGGCCUCCUUCAGACCAUUUGCUAACAAAAGCGGUUCGUUUUGUUGGGUGACUGUGGCCUCAGGAGCCCUCCUGUUCCUUGGGCGACAUGUUCCCCCAUGGAAGAGUUUUACAAAGAACAUUUUCGCUAUACAAAGCGCAGUCGGGAGAGGAUAUGGAGGAUUUGUUCCAGUUGGUGAGGAACAUUGUACCAGCCCCAACUCUGAAGAAACACAAAGGGCAAGAUGGGCGAAUAGGCAUCGUUGGGGGCUGUCAAGAGUACACGGGAGCCCCGUAUUUUGCAGCGAUCUCAGCUCUCAAGGCCGGCGCAGACCUGUCCCACGUGUUCUGUGCCAGGGAGGCCGCGCCUGUGAUCAAGUCCUACAGCCCGGAGCUGAUUGUGCACCCCGUGCUGGACGGCGCGGGCGCCGUGGAGGAGGUGCGGAGGUGGCUGCCCAGGCUGCACGCCCUCGUCGUCGGGCCGGGCCUCGGCAGAGACGACCUGCUGCUCAGGAACGUCGGGGGCAUCCUGGAGGCCUCCAAGGCCAGGGACAUCCCUGUGGUCGUGGAUGCGGACGGCCUGUGGCUGGUCGCGCAGCGGCCGGCCCUCGUCCAGGGCUACCAGAAAGCCGUCCUCACGCCCAACCGCAUGGAGUUCAGCAGGCUGUGGGAGGCCGUGAUUGGCGGCCCCGCGGAUGACACCGAUCGCCGUGGGUCUGUCCUGCGGCUCAGCCAGGCCCUGGGAAACGUGACGGUGGUCCAGAAAGGCGAGCAGGACCUGAUCUCCAACGGCCAGCAGGUGCUCGCGUGCGGCCACGCCGGCAGCAGCCGCAGGUGCGGGGGCCAGGGCGACCUCCUGGCGGGCUCCCUGGGCGUCAUGGCGCACUGGGCCCUCCUGGCCGGACCCGAGAAGACGAACGGCUCCAGCCCGCUCCUGGUGGCCGCCUGGGGGGCGUGCACCCUGACGCGGCAGUGCAAUCAGCAGGCCUUCCAGAAGCACGGCCGCUCCACCACCACCACCGACAUGGUCGCCGAGGUGGGGGCCGCCUUCCGCCAGCUCUUCGAGACCUAAGGUCAGGGCGCGUCCGCCACCACGGAUGUCAAGGCCGGACACGGUGACGCCGCUUCUGUCUACACUGACGUACAGCUGGCAGCGUCAGAACUCUCCCCUCGCUCGCCCCGCGUCUCAGCAGCGGCUGGGGGGGGGGGAUCUGGGCGCCACAACUCCCACAGCGCGGCCGUCCAGGGCUCGCUCGGCCAGAGACGCCGUGCACCCGCAUCUGCCUGUCCUCAUGACCACCUGGGCUCCCAGGGAUGUGCUCAGACGUCUGCUUACCCAGGGCCGCCACAGGGCCUCCCUGUGUGACAUGGGGGCACUGGAGGGGGUCUGUUUAGAAUUUGUGGGUGAGAGGGUCACUUGGAACUCUGGAGCCUUCCAGAAGACCAGGAGACCAGGGCGGUAAGGAAUGCAGGACAAAGCCGCCUUGUGACCAGGAGGCCGGGGGUGGGGGGGCUCCUGAUGUGGCCCCGUGUGUGCCGGGGAAGGGGCCGGCCGUGGCCUACUGGAGAGCGAGUUCCUCGCUCGCCCCCUCCCUCGGGGGAGGCGGAGCUGCGGUGGACUUGGCCUGUCACACAGACGGGCUGCCACUUCACAUGUAAUUUAGAAGCUGUUGUCCACGUGGACUGUCUCCCGGAGCUGCCACGGGUUCUCCGCUCUGCGGAGCCCCAGGCGGGCUGGCUCUGGGCACCUGGGACGCAGGUGUACGGCCAGCCUGGCCACCCCGACCCCGCCUCGGCAGCAAGGACGGUGCAGACUGGAGCCCGUGCUCAAGUGCUGGGCUGGGCUGGGUGAGGCUCUCGGUUCCCGUCACCCACACUGCAAAACAUAAACGUGGUUUUUGUUUUUCUCCAGUCGGCCCGGGUUCGCUGUCCCUGAGCUCUUUUGCUCGAGACUAGCCGUCUACCACUUUGAAAAUGAGACUUUAUUUCUGUGAUUUCCUCCUCAAUAUGUUGUUUUGUUUGUUGCCAGU